GGGGCGGGGCCUGGGGGCGGAGCCCGGCCUGUGGCCCGGCGAAGCCCGGAGUCGCAUUGGCCACGACGGCCGAGGAGGCAGCGGUAGCGGUGGCCCGGUGGCGACAUGGCCUUUGUCUCAGAGGAUGACUUUCGUCACAGUUCCAACUCCACCUAUAGAACCACGAGCAGCUCUCUCCACACGGACCAGGAAGCGCUGCUCGGGAAGCUGCCGGACUGCCCCCCGCACCCCCUGCAGAGGCCCGAGGACCGUUUCAACGGGGCCUACAUCAUCUUCUUCAGCCUCGGCGUCGGCGGCCUUCUGCCGUGGAACUUCUUUGUCACUGCCAAGGAGUAUUGGAUAUUCAAACUCUGCAACUGCUCCAGCCCAGCCCCAGGGGAGGAAAGUGAGGACUCAGACAUCCUGAAUUACUUUGAGAGCUACCUUUCCAUCGCUUCCACCGUGCCCUCCGUGCUGUGCCUCGUGGCGAACUUCCUGCUUGUCAACAGAGUUCCGAUUCAUGUCCGUGUGCUGGCCUCACUCACUGUCAUGCUGGCCAUCUUCGUGGUGAUGACCGCGCUGGUGAAGGUGGACACCUCCUCCUGGACACGCAGCUUCUUUGCUGUCACCAUCGCCUGCAUGGCCAUCCUCAGUGGCUCCUCCACCGUCUUCAAUAGCAGCGUCUUCGGCAUGACUGGCUCCUUCCCUAUGAGGAACUCCCAGGCGCUGAUAUCAGGAGGAGCCAUGGGCGGCACCAUCAGUGCCGUGGCCUCCCUGGUGGACCUGGCGCUGUCCAAUGAUGUGACGAAGAGUACGCUGGCCUUCUUUCUGACUGCGGACAUCUUCCUGGGCCUCUGCAUCGGGCUCUACCUGCUGCUGCCUCGGCUGGAGUACGCCAGGUACUACAUGAGGCCUGUGCGGCCGCCCCACGUGUUUUCUGGAGAAGAACCGCCACUCCAGGACUCCCCCAGUGACCCCUUGGUGGCCCCCAGAUCCAGCUCCUCCCCAACACCACCCCUCUGCCCCAUCCUAAAGAGGACAGCAGGCCUGGGCUUCUGUGUCGCCUACCUCUUCUUCAUCACCAGCGCCAUCUUCCCCGCCAUCUCCACCAACAUCGAGUCCCUCAACAAGGACUCGGGCUCACCGUGGACCACCAAGUUCUUCAUCCCCAUCACCGCCUUCCUCCUGUACAACUUUGCUGACCUGUGUGGCCGGCAGAUCACAGCCUGGGUCCAGGUGCCGGGGCCCAGAAGUAAGGUGCUCCCUGCACUCGUGCUGCUCCGGACCGGCCUCAUCCCCCUCUUCAUGUUCUGCAACUUCCAGCCCCGUGUCCACCUGCAGUCGGUGGUCUUCCCGUCCGACAUCUACCCAGUGCUAUUCAGCUCCCUACUGGGGCUCAGCAAUGGCUACCUCAGCACCCUGGCCCUCAUCUAUGGACCUAAGAUUGUGUCCAGGGAACUGGCUGAGGCCACAGGGGUGGUGAUGUCCUUUUACAUGUACGUGGGCUUGGCACUCGGCUCGGCCUGCUCUGCCCUGCUUGUGCAUCUCAUCUAGAAGGGGUCAGUGGCAAGAGAGUUGGCGUGAGCUCAGUGAGAGGGGCAGGACCUGCCGGGAGGGCUCAGGUGACGCGCAGAGAGGUCUGGAGUUGGCCUCAGUGCAGAGGGCCGAGCACACCUGGGCCUCGUCUCCCCAGGGAGCUGGGGACACAUACUGUCUCGGUGCCAGGCAGAAACAUUCCAGACACUUCAACAGAACACUCCUGAGACUUUUCUCCAAGAGACACUGGAAUAAGGCAUAAUUACACAGGCACAAAGCGGGGUAUCACUGUCCUAGCUGAUGGUUGCUUCCCGCCUUUCUCUACAGCCUCCUAGGGGCUGUGUUGCCAGUGUUUGGCUCAGGUAAGUGCCAAACCCCAGCCCUGCUCCUUCCAGCCGGCAGCAGGAUGCUCUACCUAACCAGAGGGUCCCUCCGGGACAGAAGUCCCCGUGGGAUGGCCAGCCACCAGGGCCAGGACCCAAGCUUGUGCACUUCCUUCCAGGGGUGAGAGGGCACCCACCAACCAGAUUGGAACACCAGCAGGACAGGUCUUCCGGGGAACCUUCCUUCCUGAAACCUGGGCUCCAGGAGGUCUCCCAGUCCCAGAGACCAAGUGUGUCAGGCCUGGGUUUUCAAAUAGGGCUGUUUAAAGGGUCCGUGGCCUGGGUAGGGCUGCGUCUUUUAACUUGAUGUUUACAACAUGGUCACUGGUCCAAGGGCAUAGUAAAUUCUUGGGCGUUUAACGAAGUGUCUGUGUUAGGGUCUUGGCAGGAAAGAGUAUUCAGAGUGGGUAUUGUGAGGAUAUUUGAAGAGUGAGUGCAGGGCCCCGAGGAGCGGGUUCCUCCAACCUGCUGCGACCUGUAAGAGGUGAAUUUCCUUCUCCCUCCCGUCUCCUUCAGUCUCCUCCAGUCCCUGUGGCCUGAGCCACCCCCAAGGAGCAGGCGCAGAUGAUGGAGAGUGGAUGGAGGGGCAGAAGGUAUUCAGCUCAGGGCCUCAUCCAGGGUGGGGCUGCCAGCCCCUCCACUUUCCUAGUUUAUUUGUUAUUGAGGUCAGUAGAGUUCUGAAGCUUUGGUCAACAGAAUGUUGCUUCAUCCUGAGUAAUUGUCUCUUUUGAAGCUGUUGUUUCAAAAGGUGACCUCGGUGUCUGCCCUCGGUCACCUCGGUCACCUGCCCUGAGCAAUCAUCUAGGUGGUUCUCAGGUCCCUGAAGGCUUCCUCAAGGCUGUUCCUUGGGGGAGCAGGCUGGCUUGGCAAUCAGCGAGAGAAAGGAACUAGGUCAGACCCAGAGUUCUUCCUCAAGAGUUGUGCAGAAAGAAGAGCUUGUCCCCAAGAAGUGGCGCCCCCAGAGCCGUAAAUGAACCCGCUACUCUGAAGCGCCUCGGCUCUGUGAUGCCCCGCAGACAGACGAAUAGAUGGGGGGUGGUGCUGUCGGCCAUCCACGGGGCGGCAGCUCACACUCCCCAACGCCUCAGGCUGGUGCACACUCCCCUUCUUGGGCCAGAGAACUAAAGAGGACACCCUUGAAAAUUGAUACCUAAAAAAUAUAUUAAAAAGCAUUUUAAAAUAAGUCCUUCCCUCUCCCCUCCACCUUCAGGAGCCUGACACCUCCCCCUCGAAAUUUUCACCAACUUGAGUGCUGUUGAUUACUUGGGACAUCCGUCUGGCUAGUGACUUAUUUCAGCCUCAGGGGCUUUCCAAAUGGGCAGUGUGUCCGCAUUAAAGUAAAGCAGCAGUCUCUGAGCUCAGAGACGUGGACCACCCUGGGGCCAACAGAGAAGGAACAGUAGGGGUCUCAAAUGCCUUGUUAAAGGGGGAGAGCUUUCAGAAGUAGAGGAGAUGUCUGCUGAUGAAAUGAUUUGAAAUUAGCGUGGAGGGAAGAGGGUGGCGAGCAUGGAGAUGUGGCGCUGGGAGAGUUGAGGUGACUGGACCCCAAGCAGUGCCCCCUCCCCGGGGGUGCUGCUGUGAGCUGCAAGGGCCCAGCUGCUUGGCUGGUGGGAGGGGUCACCAGGCAUCUGCCCACUGCUCUCCGUUGCUCACCUUAGUGGGCUUUCACGAAGGGCCCUUCCUCCCCUGGGAGCAAGGAAGGAAGAUAAAAGUAUGUCUCCAGGCAGAGCAGGAGGUGGAGCUCAGGCGCCCUGUCCUCGAGGCACUGUCACAGCCGCUCCUGGGGCUUGGCUGCUGUGGGUCUCCAGGCUCACAUGACCCAGGCAGGCUCGUGGAACUAGCUCACAUGUUCUGGGGAGUGAACAAAACUUGCUAAAGAAGAGGAUUUUCCAGCGAGAGAAGUGGGCAGGCUGUGUGCGUGGGUGGUGCUGCGGGUUCCCUGUGAAGUGGCGUUUGUCCAUUCUCGCAUUCAAUCCAAGUGGCAGUUUUUAGUGCACGCCCUUGCAUAUUUCCAGACCGUACACAUUUCCACUUUCCUCUUUUUAUUCAACAAAGUCAGAGGCAGCCAAGUUAGUUGUCUCUUCAACUAGUGAGUGACAGUACUUCUAAAGAAAAUGCCAGUUCCUAUGUGACUGGGCGCGUGAUGGGACUUGAGCCAGGGGUGGGUGUUAUUAGUAACGACCCUUCAUUCUGCCAGCUUGGACCCAGUGCUCCCCAGGAAGAUCGGGGGCAUCCUAAUCCAUCGGCUUGGGUGUGCUGUAGGAGGAGGUCCCUGCAGGGAAGCCUUCGGUCCUCAGGCUUCUGAGGCCACGUAAUGCUUUUGUAGAGAACUCCAAGUAAAACAGAGAUUUUGUUGCAGCAGACAUUAAUCGAAGGCCCAGUGCUCAUCCCAACUUUGUGGGCUCUCGAAGUGAAAAGACCUAGUAUCCGUUUCUCCAUCAUCACUUCCUUGGUGGCAGCACUGUCGGUGCCCAGUUUGCCCACGGCAGAGUCAUUGCUGCCCCCUCCACCCCCAGCUGACUGAGGUCGGUCUGGUUCCACGCCCAGCUUAGACCCCAGCAGGAUCCCCGGAGGAAUUUCAGCCCCCCCAGCAGGUGGAGGCAGGGACUAUAGUCAUGUGGCCACAGACUCAGGGUCCAGGGCAGCCUGCCCAGUGCUACCCUAUGAUGAGUGCUUCAUCUGCAUGAUUUCCCCUGCCUGUCGGUGAGUACAGCAGGGCCCAGAGAGGUUAAGUAACUUCCCCAAGGUCACUCAGCUCCUAAGUGGCACAGAAUAGUCAAACCUGACCUUCCUAAACUAAGGCCCCACCCACCCUGCUCUCUCGCUCCCCUAGUUGAACUCGGACUCUUCUUGGUUCUCGGCACCUGUUGUUCCUGUGCCCCGCUCCAUGGCCUGCCUGGACUCUUGCUGAGAAAAUGUCUUCCCCAGAACCCUGGCACUGGCUCUGGCCCGGUCUGAUCAGUGCAGCUGGCUGGACCCCCUGCUGGACUGACCCCCAUGGGUCCUGAUCCAGGGCCCACAUCAGGCCCACUCGCACCGCUCCUUGGGCACAGGGUCUCGGGCUGCUUCCGGGCCCCUCCCUCCUGGUCCCACACCAGCCCCCGCUGCUGAGGUCGCCCAGCAUAGCCGCUGCCGCUGGACUUGUCUUGGGACACAGGGCUGUGAGACAGAACGGUCUGGGGGUACGGAAGCCUUGCUCCCAGACCCACCUGGCAUCAGCUGUGUGAGUCAUGUGGCCUUCCUGAGCAUAUUUCCUCAUCUAAAGCGCAUGACAAAAAGUCCUGACAUUGUGACUGCUGUGCCACUGAGCCAGCCUGCCACACCCAGUCAUGCCACUGCCCAGCCCAUACAGGACAGCUGCCCCAGGGCUCACAGCCGUCGUAGCAGGGCGACUCAGAGGCACAGGGCACCCUCUGCUGCCACCCAUGUGUCUGCACUUGGGAGGUGUGAAGGCAGCAUCAGCCUGAGAGGAGGACUUCAACUUCAGGCUGCAGUGGACUUGACCCCAAAGAAUAGCAAUAAAGAUGGGCACGAUUUCUGCCCAACAAGGCUCCAGACAGCUGACCCACGAGCUCUGUGCACUCCACAAGAAGUGCCCUUGACCAAAGUUAGGGAACUCCAGACUUACAACGUGGGGCUGAGAAGUAGACAGCUGUAGGUUUCAGGUGCCCAGACCGAGGUUGGAAUUCUGGUUCUGCCACCUCCUAGCUGGGUCACUUUGGCCAGUCUUGCUGACACUCUCAUUUCUAAAAUGAGUGUCCUCUCAGGCCUGUUGUAAAGAUUGAAUGAACCCUGACAUUGUAUAUACAAGUACCUGGCAUGUAGCAGACCCUUAAUGAACGUGUUCUCCCACCUGGGCAGUCUAGCAGUGCCCAGCCCCUUCCCUGUGGCAGGCUGUAGCCUGCACCCAGCACUUAGUACCCACGUCUUUCCUGCCCCCAGCCCAGUGCCUGCCUGGGCCAGCACCUCCAGUUCUGAUGCCUGCUCUUUGAUGCCUAGGCCCCUGCCUGGGUCCUGCCCAGACACGGCUGACCUAGGGCAGAGUGCGUGGGGCAGAAAGCUGGAAAUCCAAGACCCCACACCAAGCUCCGUCCCUAACUUUGACCUCUGGGCAAGCCACUUUUUCCUAAGCCUCAGCUGG